GGCAGAACCCCGCGGGCCGCCAACGCGCUUUGAGGAAAAGAAGGCAAAGCCGAUCGGCCACGCGUGGUUCCCCGUCGCAAGUUAUCAAGCAACUGUCAUCUCCGUGCUUUCAGCGCCUCGGACUCCUACACCCCCAUAACCCGCCCUUGCUACUUCGCCAUCAGGGAAUUGUCUCCUGAUCUACUAACGUCGACUGCGUGAUGAUCUGGUUGUUGUGCUCGCCAUAACUUCCCGUGUCGCACGCGCCUCGUCAACAUGUACGUCAAGCAAAUCAUUAUCCAGGGCUUUAAGAGCUACAAGGAUCAAACGGUCAUCGAGCCAUUCUCUCCUAAACACAAUGUCAUUGUUGGUCGCAAUGGUUCGGGCAAGAGUAACUUCUUCGCAGCUAUUCGCUUCGUCCUCGGCGAUGCAUAUACCCACAUGGGCCGGGAGGAGCGGCAGGCUCUUUUACACGAAGGUUCGGGUUCCGCUGUGAUGUCGGCAUACGUCGAGAUCAUCUUCGAUAACUCUGAUGAUCGGUUUCCUACUGGCAAACCGGAAGUGGUGCUUCGUCGUACCAUCGGCAUGAAAAAGGAUGAAUAUACGCUGGACCGUAAAAAUGCCACCAAGAACGACGUGAUGAACUUGCUCGAAUCGGCCGGUUUCUCCCGGUCAAAUCCCUACUAUAUUGUUCCCCAAGGUCGAGUGACGGCCUUAACCAACAUGAAAGACUCGGAGCGGCUGAACCUGCUGAAAGAAGUAGCCGGAACACAGGUUUAUGAAGCGCGCCGGGCAGAGUCCCUCAAGAUCAUGCACGAAACAAACAAUAAGCGAAGCAAGAUUGACGAGCUUCUCGAUUUUAUCAACGAGCGUCUCGCUGAGCUCGAAGAGGAGAAGGAUGAGCUUAGGAACUUCCAAGAAAAGGACAGAGAGAGGCGCUGUCUGGAGUAUACAAUCUAUUCUCGAGAGCAGCAAGAGAUCGCCAGUUAUCUUGACAGUCUAGAGGAGCAACGCCAAACCGGCGUCGAGGACACUGAUUUGAACCGUGAUCGUUUCAUUCAGGGCGAGAAGGAGAUGGCACAGAUCGAUGCGGAAAUCGCCGAGUGCAAGCAACAAAUUGAGUUUCUUAAGGUAGACAAGGCGCAAUUAGAAGACGAACGCCGUGAGGCUUCCAAAGCGCUCGCGCAAGUCGAGUUACAGGCCAAGUCGCUGUCGGACAACCAAGUGGCAGCACAAGCUCAGAAGUCACGCCAUGACGAAGAAAUGAACUCCGUUCAGGCGGCGAUACAAGAGCGAGAAACGGAGCUCCAAGCACUCAUUCCAAGUUUCAAUUCCGCAAAAGACCAGGAAGAUAUCGUCAAGGCGCAGCUGACCGAGGCAGAAACUUCACGCCAGAGACUGUAUGCCAAACAGAGCCGAAAUUCACGCUUCCGGAACAAAUCUGAACGAGAUAAAUGGCUGCAGGCUGAGAUUAAAGACAACUACUCGUCCAUUUCCACGGUACAGGGGGUGAUGGCACAAACUCAAGAGGAUAUCAAAGAACUCGAGAACGAGAUCGCCCUCUUAGAACCGGAAACCGAACGUUUGCGCAAACAGAUUGAUGGCCGGGGAGACACCAUCCAUUCUGUAGAGCAACAGGUUCAAGCAGCAAAGGAUGAAAGAGAUCGACUCGUGGAUCAGCGAAAGGAACUCUGGAGAGAGGAAGCAAAAUUAGAUUCGAUCCUUGUAAAUGCGUCAAAUGAAGUAGAACGUGCGGAUCGCAGUUUGUCUCAGAUGAUGGAUCACAACACCAGCCGUGGAAUUGCGGCUGUUCGCCGAAUUAAACGUCAACACAACCUUGAAGGCGUUUACGGUACACUAGCAGAAUUGUUCGACGUAAACGACAGGUACCGCACAGCCGUUGAGGUUACUGCGGGUCAAAGCCUGUUCCACUAUGUGGUCGACUCGGACGAAACUGCCACCAAGGUGCUGGAGAUCUUGCAACAUGAAAAGGCAGGUAGGGUCACGUUCAUGCCUCUGAACAGGCUGAGGUCCAGGCCUAUCAACAUGCCCAGGGCCAGCGAUACCAUCCCGAUGAUUGAGAAGCUUCAGUACGACCGGGCAUACGAGAAGGCUUUUGUUCAUGUGUUUGGCAAAACUAUCAUUUGCCCUAACUUGCAGGUUGCCGCGCAGUACGCCCGAAGCCAUGGAGUGAACGCAAUCACCCCCGAGGGUGACCGUUCAGAUAAAAGGGGUGCCCUUACUGGUGGUUUCCAUGAUUCGCGUCAGUCGCGCCUCGAUGCGGUGAAAAAUCUAGCCAAAUGGAGGGAUGAGUUUGAAACCAAGAAGAGUCGCGGUGCAGAAAUUCGACAGGAACUUGAGAAGUUGGAUCAACUCAUCACGAGAGCUGUUGGCGAGUUGCAGAAGCUGGAGCAACAAAGACACCAAGUGCAAAACAGCAGUGGUCCCCUACGACAGGAGCUGAGGAGCAAGCGUGAUCUUAUACAGAAGAAGAAUGACAAUCUCGAUGCUAAGCGAAGGGCUCUCCGAAACAUCGAAAACAAUUUGGCUGCUUUGACAGAUCAGGUCAACGCCUUCGAAUCGGAACUGAAGUCGCCAUUCCAGAAGGCACUAAGCAAUGAAGAAGAAGCACGUCUAGAGACCCUCAGUGCUACCGCUCAAGACCUUCGUCGACAAUACCAGGAACUCUCCAGCAAGCGCAGUGAAUUGGAGGCCCGGAAGUCUGUCCUUGAAGUCGAGCUUAGGGAGAAUCUUGUCCCUCAUCUUGAUCAGCUUGUCGGACAGGACAUCGAUAUGGCUGAUGAUGGCACCCAAGGUAACCUGAAGGAAACCCAGCGGGAAAUGAAACGUCUCAAUAAGGCGCUUGAGAAGCUCGGGCAACGUCUCCAGCAAGUGGAUGGGUCAAUUGAACAGGCCAAUACUCGCAUGGCUGAGCUUAACCAGAGAAACGCAGAGACUCGUCGGGAGUUGGACGAGCUGGCUAAGUUCAUUGAGAAGCACCAACGACGGAUGGAGAAGAGCAUGCAGAAGAAGGCGGCUCUAACGAAACAGGCCGCUGAAUGUGCAGCGAACAUCCGCGACCUGGGUGUUCUCCCAGACGAGGCUUUCACCAAAUAUAAGAACAUGGAUUCGAAUACCGUCGUAAAGAAGCUGCACAAAGCAAACGAGGGUCUCAAAAAAUAUUCCCAUGUCAAUAAAAAAGCGUUCGAGCAGUACAAUAGCUUCACUAAGCAGCGGGAGACUCUCACCACUCGACGAGCGGAGCUGGACGCCUCCCAGAAAUCGAUUGAUGACCUCAUUAACGUACUCGAUCAGAGAAAGGAUGAAGCCAUUGAAAGAACUUUCAAGCAAGUUUCUCGCGAGUUCCACAAUGUCUUCGAGAAGCUCGUGCCAGCAGGUCGUGGCCGUUUGCUCAUUCAGCGCAAGACGGACCCUACCAUGCGGCAGGCUGAUGAGAUCGAUUCCGAGGAUGAGGCAGCCCAGAAUAGCGUAGAGAACUAUGUCGGCGUUGGAAUUAGUGUCAGCUUCAAUAGCAAACAUGAUGACCAACAGCGUAUCCAACAACUCAGCGGUGGGCAGAAGAGUCUUUGCGCUCUUGCGUUGGUUUUCGCUAUCCAGGCCUGUGAUCCGGCACCGUUCUAUCUGUUUGAUGAGAUCGAUGCCAACCUCGACGCUCAGUAUCGUACCGCCGUGGCGCAGAUGCUUAAGUCGAUCUCGGACUCUACAAAUGGACAGUUCAUUUGCACCACUUUCCGUCCCGAGAUGUUGCAUGUGGCCGAGAAGUGUUACGGUGUCAGUUUCCGCCAGAAGGCCAGUACGAUUGACGUCGUGUCAAGAGAGGAAGCACUGAAGUUCGUCGACGAACAGAAGCAAUGAGAGGGCCACGUAGAGAAGUCCUCGUUGAUGGUUUUACAUGUCUUUCCUACCCCGUUUGUGGGAUGAACUGGGUAGCAGGCGUAUUUCAUGACAGGCAGUUUUACUGUUUAUUUUCUCUUUCCUAAUUAUAUCGCUUCAUUUGUUAUAUGGACGGUUUCUUUUCCCCCUUUCACUGUACUUUUAUUUUGAAUCGCCGGGCUCUUACUUUCAGAUUCCCAAUAAGUCAACUUUUUCGAGAUCCCGACCGCUUGUUGCAUGUUACCUCGUUCGCUUCUAUGUAAGAUGUAGUUACCAUGGAGCAUAUUUUUGCUUGUAAUAUUCCCAGUAUAGUCAGCGGAACCUAUCUCGCAAAAUGGGCCUAUACCUUAACUACAGUAUCAUCGGGUAGGUACACCGACCAUUAUAUAUAUAUCUCCCAUGAGGCUCCUCCCCCCCGGGGUCCCAUUGGUAACUAUCACCAAGAGCAAAAGACUUUUCGGACAUGUGUCACAAGCCCUUGUGAGGUGAAGAAGAGAGAAAGAGAGGGAUAGACAUAUAUAUAUCUGCCACAAGUGACAUAUAAGAUUGUAGAAUAUCUGGUAAGAUAUUC